UGACGCAUUUAUCAAUUUCGUUUAUGUCAAAAUUACAGACAAAGACUUUGUUAUUUUAUAUUUAAAGGCAAUUAUUAAAAAUUUUUGUGCAAAAUGUCGUCAAAGAAAAAGGUUCUCUUGAAAGUUAUCAUACUCGGUGAUAGUGGAGUGGGUAAGACAUCACUUAUGAAUCAAUUUGUUAACAAGAAAUUUUCCAACCAGUACAAGGCAACAAUAGGCGCAGAUUUUCUCACGAAGGAAGUAAUCGUCGAUGAUAGAAUCGUUACGAUGCAAAUUUGGGACACCGCUGGUCAGGAGCGUUUCCAGUCUUUGGGAGUGGCGUUUUAUCGUGGGGCGGAUUGUUGCGUCUUGGUGUUUGACGUAACUGCCCCCAACACUUUCAAGUCCUUGGAAAGUUGGAAAGACGAAUUCUUGAUACAAGCAUCACCAAGAGAUCCGGAGAACUUUCCUUUCGUCAUUUUAGGCAAUAAAGUCGACUUAGAAAAUCGCGCCGUGUCUGCCAAACGGGCCCAACAGUGGUGCCAGAGUAAAAAUGAUAUCCCCUAUUUCGAAACAAGUGCCAAAGAAGCUGUGAAUGUAGAACUAGCAUUCCAAACUAUAGCUCGUAAUGUCCUUGCCCAGGAAACGGAUGCUGAGCUUUAUAAUGAAUUCCCAGAUCAACUCAAGUUAACGGCAAAUGACAAUGGGCGCAACAGGGAUGGAGAUAAUUGUGCUUGCUAGGCUUUAGUAGAAAGGCUCCAGCACUGGCGGUACAUUAGUUUCUCAUUUAUUAAUUUUAAAUUUAUAGUUACAAUUAAAGUAAUCUAUAAAAGUAAUUGUGUAA